AUGCAGAUCAACAACGAAGAGAGAAACUCAAAAAGGAAUUAGCACGAUGUGAAAAAGAGUUCAAAUUAAAUAAAACUGCAAUGCAGGCUCAUUCUAAAAAUAAUUCCAAGCUAUUAUUUAACACCCUCCGAAAGCCCUCAGGGGAACCCCAAGACCAGAAUGAUGUGUUAAUAGAAGAAAUGAAUGGAUUUUCAUCCCUUGCGAGGUCACUAGUACCUUCUUCAGAGAGAUUACACCUAAAUCUACCUAAAUCCAACAAAGCCCUCAUGAAUGGUACUGAGAACAACUCCACUACCUCCCUGUCCAGCAUGGAUUCCACAGCUUCUAGGCCCAGGAAACAGUGCUCCAGAACCACGUAUGGCAGAAAGCCCAGGAGCGCAUUCCCAAAUUCCCACCAGUUUCAGUUAGUCAUUUCAAAAGCACCCAGUGGGGAUCUUUUAGAUAAACAUUCUGAACUCUUUUCUAACAAACAAUUGCCGUUCACUCCACGCACUUUAAAAACAGAAGCGAAAUCUUUCCUGUCUCAAUAUCGAUAUUAUACACCUGCCAAAAGAAGAAAGGAUUUUACAGAUCAACGGAUGGAAGCUGAAACCCAGACUGAAUUGAGCAGGUAUGGGAAUGAAA